AGACUUGAGGUAGCUUGAGUUGGGCACGUUGCUUGAGGGCCUCAAUUGUUAGUGUGUAACAACAGGUGGGCGUGGUCUUGUGCUGACCUCAUUCUGUUUCAGUUGAGUCCAAGCGUCUAGAGAGGUGACACACCACUGAGCUUGUUGAAUAUCACGACGACAUCUGUAAAAUGGGAAUUUCCGACGGCAUGUCCUAUUCCUCCAUCCUGGUCAAGUUUUGCUUUCUGUUGAUCUUGACGAGCGCUGUGGCCAGCUGGAUCGCCUUCACCACCUCGUCAUGGGGCGUCAACAGCGACACCGUGUACACAGGUAUAUGGCGAAGGUGCCAGGGCCAGGUGUGUGUGAUGCUGGAUGGCUACCCUAAAGUCUGGUUCGGCGUGUUCCAAGCCUUCGCCAUCAUCGGCUUCAUGGGCAUCAACGUCGCUGUCGUCACCAUCGCUCUCUACAUGUUCGGUGCCAGCUGUAAGGGCAACAGGGAGACGGGCUUUGUGGCGGCGCUCGUCUGCAUCUUUACUGCUCUGUUCUGGCUGAUAGCUGUCAUCAUUUUUGGCGCCAAAUAUGAACUGGACGAUGAGGUCAGUGGCCCUGACAGCCUUGACCGCCUGGGAUUCUCUUUUGGUCUGGCAGUGGCCGCCCUUGGUCUGGAAUUAAUCGUUGGAAUCCUCAUGGUGCUAGAGGUCAGACUCAAGGCCAAGUAGACCCAACUGAUCCAUGUAUACAACAUUAUCAUUGCACAUUUUACAUUUAGUCCUCAUCAAAGUUUGUUCUACUGAUAUGUGACGUCAGGAUUUUAGAUUUGACACUUGUCUUGAGCAGUUGUAAAAUUCGAAACGUGUCAAUAACGUGUCAAUAACGUAGUCCACAACAUCUAAAUCACGGGAUUCCUGUUCAUGUUUAUGUUAAUCAUGUGAACUGUGUUCAUAUUAUAAGAAACGUAACCUUGCAUAUAUUCAACAAUUCUGUCGUUUUGUGAAUGUGUCUUUGUGUGAAAUGUGUAGUUUUGUGAAAUGUGUAGUUUUUUAAUGUGUAGUUUUGUGAAAUGUGUAAUUUUGUGAAAUGUGUAGUUUUGGGAAAUGUGUAGGUUUUUUUUUAUAUGUGAACUGUGUUCAUAUUAUAAGAAACGUAACCUUGCAUAUAUUCAACAAUUCUGUCGUUUUGUGAAUGUGUCUUUGUGUGAAAUGUGUAGUUUUGUGAAAUGUGUAGUUUUUUAAUGUGUAGUUUUGUGAAAUGUGUAGUUUUGUGAAAUGUGUAGUUUUGGGAAAUGUGUAGGUUUUUUUUUAAUUGUGUAUUUUUGUAAGGUGCUAGCUUCCGUAUAUUUAAUAAAAAUACCGUGUUAAGCAAUUGAUUAACAAACACAAUUAUUGUCAAAUUUUAUCCCAUAAUAACACUUAUGUACAUACUAGAUCGUAAAGCCUUUCAAACAUUUAAAAAAUGUAAUUAUACAUGCAUUUAUUAUAUACACUAUAUGAUAUUAAAAUGUACCAACCUUGA